AUGCCAGCCGUCAUGGACGACCCGGCCGGCCCCACCGUCUACCGGGUCUCCGGGCAGCCUCCGUUCCCGGACCCGAACUGCCCCGGGUUGCCCCCCGACAUUGUCCCCCGCCAAGUGACAUUGCGGGAUCGCCAGACGGUUGCGACGAUUGUGCCCUUUGUCUCGCGACACCAGCUUCCCGCUUCGCUGCUGGUGUAUCUGUGCGACCAGCUGAACCGCGAGAUAGAGGGAGGUGAUACGUAUCCCAUGAUGGAAGCCUUUACCGUGGACGGUUUCGCAGACUACUGGUUCCAGACCUUUGGCGCCGUCAUGCUGAUGGGCAAUAUCGACUGUGCGCAGGAUGUCCUGGACGGCAAGGACUGGGCCAAGGAGUGCCUCGGAAGCUUCUUCAUCAAGCCCAAUUAUCCUGGUCGCAGCAGCCACAUCUGCAACGCCAGCUUCAUCACCACCGACGCAUCGCGUAAUCGUGGCGUGGGACGACUCAUGGGCGAGGCGUACAUCGACUGGGCCCCGAGGCUGGGCUACACGUACAGCGUCUUCAAUCUCGUCUACGAAACCAACGUGGCGUCGUGUCGUAUCUGGGACGCCCUCGGCUUCAAACGCAUCGGCCGCAUCAAAGCCUGCGGCAACCUGCGAAGCCAUCCGGACCGGCUCAUUGACGCCAUCAUAUACGGCCGGGACCUGGCUCCGGGAGAGAGCGAAGAGCUCGUCAGCGAAGAGCGCUUCGACAAGAUACGAUUCUACCUCAAGUACGGCAAAUACCCCAACGGGGCAGACCGCGCCGAAAAGAGCAGGCUGCGCAGCGCGGCAACCCACUACAAGCUCCUCGAGGGCGACAAGCUCAUGCUCAAGGACAAGGAAGUCAUUUCGGACCCGGGCCGGCAGUACGAGAUUGCCAGAAACGUCCACGCCAUCCACCACGGAGGGAUCAACAAGACCACCGCCACCAUUGCAGAAAAGUUCCACUGGAGCCGCAUCAAGGAGACGGUCAGCGACGUGAUUCGCGCCUGCGCCGAGUGCAAGGAGCUGGGCAAGACGCCGAACCCCGGCGGCAGCAGGAAGAACGGGAGCGCCAGCACGCCCACCAGCUCGGCAACACCGUCCGGCGGCCUCGGCAGCGGCAGCGGCGACGCCCAGCGCCGCCAGGCACAGUCGCCCGUGCCGCAGCACGACGGCGACGGCGACGGCGACAUCGACAUCCACGUCGACGCCGGGCGCGUGCUGGCGCUGCAGCAGCAGAGCCGCGCCGGCCUCAUGGACUCGCUGUCCCGGCCGGGCCCGGCGCCGAGCCAAGGCCCGUACGCCAACCCCAGCGACAUAUCCGUCCUCGCGCCGGCACACCAGGACAGCCACAUGCUGCACGACGCUCACUCCCACGCCGUGCCGCACCCCCCUGGCCACGGGCACCACGGGCACAACCCCAUGCUCCAGGACCGGCCUGCCUCCCACGAGGCCUACCAGCCCAUCGACCCCCAAAUCAUCAACCACCACGGCCAUCAGCAUGCCUCGUCGGCACACGACGACAUGCCCUUUGACCAGUACCACCCCCACGCCGACUUUCAGGCUCUCCUCAACGCGACCGAGGAUGUGGGCCCGGAGCCGGAUUCCGACGCGGCCGCCGCAGAAGCUGCCGCCGCCGCUGCGGUGGACAGAGAUUUAGAAAUGUUGAUCGAGCACGAAGACGUCGACUGUCAUGAAGGCCCCAUGGACUGUCUAGACGAAGCGAGGAGGACGGGGCAUCGCGACAGGCUGUAUGACGUUGGGUUUGACGGGGGAUAG